AUGACUGUAGGAGUAAUUGUCGGUGUAGACCAAGCCAUCAUCGUCCCUGAAUCGCAAUACUGUAUAUGGGGGCGACAUUCCAAGUGGAGCGAUCGCCCUGUGGUCGAAUCUCCGUUGUCGGUUCCCCCAAUUGAAGGGAUCAAUUUCUGUCUCUUCCUUCUUUUUUCCUCCCACCUUUGCAGCCCCAAAACCCUUACAAACCCCCCCGACCCGAGCUCCCCCCAGGUGAACCUGCAUCCCUGCUUCGGCCUUCAGUUAACCCCAUGGCGUCCGGCGAACCCCCCCCAAUCUGAUAUCCCCUCGCCCUCACCCGCGCGCACAUCUCAUCCAAGUCCGAACUCGACUGCUGCCCCACCCUCCGCAUCAACCGUCGGCGCGGCGCUCCUCCGCGAUUAUGCCCUCCAUAUAGAGCCGUCUCAGACGCACAACGAGAUCCACCACCACGAAUCUGCACCAAGACCACCUGACAGCGGCGCGUCGCCUCCGCAGAAAGUUGAUCUAUCCCAGGAGGAGGCCGCCGUUUGGUCGUCGACGCUCCGACCGUUUCGCCAAAAGUCCAUUUCUGGACAUCGCUCCAAGAAGGCACUGUCUACCGAUUGCAUUCCCCGCCAGACCAUCAUGAAAGCCCUGGCCUCGCGACACACCCUGUCUAACAACAAUCUGAGCCCGCCGCCGAACGGGCCGUUGUCAGGCCUGUUGGCCAACAGCUCCAACCAGACGUCACCGCCAGCCGAGGAGAGGGAACGUCGGUGCAGCAAUGCCUCAUCUCAGAAAUUAUCGACUGCACUGUCGAAUCUGCAGCUAACCGGGUACCUUGAACGGUCCCCUGCAACAGCCCGCUUGGUGCUACAGUCGCCGUGUUACUUCCACCAACGCUUCGACGACGCUGUCAACAUCAAAAAGGUACUGGAGGAGAUCGCAGAUGACGAGUGGCUCUCACACUCGCGCUUAGUCCAAACAGCCACUGGAGUUCGUGAAGUAUCCAAGCAGCUGCAACGGCGGCCGAUCAAGCGCGCUGUGCGGAAUGUCAUGAUUGUCACCAAGGCGCGGGACAACAGCCUGGUCCACUUGACUCGUGAAGUCGCAGAAUGGCUGCUGUCGACGCCGCGCUAUGGGAAUGAUGUAGGAGUGAACGUGUACGUCGAUGCAAAGCUGCGCAAUUCAAAACGAUUCGACACCCCGAGUCUGCUCCAGAAGGACCCUCGAUACCCCCAGAUGCUGCAGUUCUGGACUCCUGAUCUUUGCUGGACAUCACCAGACAAAUUCGAUCUGGUCUUGACUCUCGGCGGUGAUGGUACCGUUCUUUUCACAUCAUGGCUCUUCCAGCGUGUGGUACCGCCGGUUCUCUGCUUUUCGCUGGGCAGUCUUGGCUUCCUCACAAACUUCGACUUUUCUGACUAUAAGUCACAUCUGAAUGGGGUCAUGGGCGAUGUGGUUUUCCGAAAGGACCGCAGCAAGGGAGCGGUGGCCGGUGCAGUCGAGGAGGGCGAGCAGUUUGAAGUGCUCAACGAGCUGGUCAUUGACCGAGGCCCUUCUCCUUACGUGUCUAACUUGGAGCUCUACGCCGACGACGAGCUCUUGACAGUUGUCCAGGCGGACGGAUGUAUUUUUUCGACUCCAACUGGCUCAACUGCUUACUCUCUGUCCGCUGGCGGCUCACUCAUGCAUCCAUCUAUACCCGGCAUUCUUCUUACCCCCAUCUGCCCACACACCCUCUCAUUCCGUCCGAUGGUUCUGUCAGACUCUCAUCUCCUGCGCAUCGCGGUACCCAACGCCUCCCGAUCAACCGCAUAUUGCUCCUUCGACGGCAAGGGCCGUGUUGAGCUUCGCCAAGGCGACUACGUCACUGUCGAAGCCAGCCAGUACCCCUUCCCUACUCUCGUGUCCGGUAGUGGUGAAUGGUUCAGCAGCGUUCAGCGUGCGCUGCGUUGGAACACCCGUGGCGCUGUCCAGAAAAGCUGGGACCGCGCCGAUGGCGAUGCCGACCUCAACGGCGAAGCCAACGAGGACGAGGAGUGGGACAUUGACACCGAUGCCGGCGCUGCUGGAACUGAUAGCGGCAUUGGACCCAGCGAAGACGGAGAUGCUUUCUCACCCAACCCGAUGCGGAGACAAAUGAGUAUGCUCAAUCAGUGA